AUUGGCCAAAUCACACUCGACAAUGCAUCCAACAAUAACACUAUGAUGGCAUCCCUUGAAUUUGAGCUCACUGUACGUGAUGUACCAUUUCACAGAGAUGGAAACCGUAUCCGGUAUGUUCAUUCUACUGAAGAUUACCGGAGGUCACUUGAAAGUGACCUCGUAUCGAGAGUACGCCAGAUAAUCACGCUAUGCCGUGCAUCAGGAAAUCGCCGGGAUGACUUUCGGGAAACUGUCAUGUCCAUGUGCAAAGAGAUGCAGAAGAAUGGCGCGCAUGAGUGUGCUGAUGACAACGACAAUAUGGAUGGACUUCUCGAACGUGUAGUCGUUCUCCUGCGGGAUGUGGAUACCCGUUGGUCUUCUACCUUUUUUAUGGUUGACCGCUUUCUUGAGCUUUAUCCAGCUAUCGAGCGGUUUAUCACAAAUGAUCCCAAGCUUUCAGACACAGUGCUAUUCUCCGCUGUGGAUAUCCAAGUUCUGAAUGAUAUUCGGGAGUAUCUUUACUUAUUCCACUCCAUUCAGGAACUCGCUUCUGCUGAGAAAACUCCUACUUUAUCCAUUGUACUUCCACUUUACGAGGGUCUCAUUGAAAUGCUCGGACUCAUGAAAUCCACUCUUCCAAAUCUAGCACAUAUUAUCGAAGUAUCUCUUCGUAAGCUUCAUGAAUAUGUGGACAAAGCUCGGGGUACUCGAAUUUACGCCCUUGCCAUGGCUAUUAAUCCCACAACGAAGCUCAAUUGGAUCAAUGAGAAUUGGCCUCGAAGCGAUGCAGAUCAAGCGCGGGAGUGGCUCAAGAGUUCAGUAUGUACAUUCUUGCUUCUAUCCAUCUACUAUUCAUUUACAUGA